AUAAGGACAGAGAGGAAAGAGAUGGGGGUGGUGAUAAUCGACGGCUCGACGGUGCGCGCCUUCGUGGGCGACGAGGGGCAGUUCCGGAGGAGCGUCGACGAGCGUUUCGCCGCCCUGGACCUCAACCGCGACGGCGUCCUCUCCCGGUCCGAGAUCCGCAAGGCCUUCGAGUCGAUGCGCCUCAUCGAGUCCGACUUCGGCGUCGACGUCGCCACCCCGCCGCAGGAGCUCGCCCGCCUCUACGACUCCAUCUUCGAGCGCUUCGACUGCGACGGCAGCGGCGCCGUCGACCUCGAGGAGUUCCGGUCCGAGAUGCGGAAGAUCAUGCUCGCCAUCGCCGACGGCCUCGGGUCGUCCCCCAUCCAGAUGGUGCUCGAGGACGACGACCCCAGCUUCCUCAAGCGGGCCGCGGACCUCGAGGCCUCGAAGCUCGGCGAGGGGGGCCGCGUCGUGAGAGAGAGGCUUCGAUCGAACCGGUGGGUGGGUCAGUAAUGGAAUAACAUUCGGGUCGGGAUUUGUAAAUG